AUGUGUAAUGGACACGUUAAAUUUGAGGACGAAAAAAGUGCAGUCAAAAUAACUGCUGCCACCGAUAGAAAAAAUGAUAUGCAGGUAAUAUCAAAACAGAACGAGGAAGUGAAUACAAGUAGUGAUGAGGAGAGUGAUGAUGAUGAUGCUCCACAGGAAGAAGGAAUCCAUUCUGGAAAAGGUGAAGUUGAAUCGCAGAUUACUCAGAGAGAAGAAGCUAUAAGAUUGGAACAGUCACAAUUGCGGUCUAAGAGAAGGAAGCAAAAUGAAUUGUAUGCCAAGCAGAAGAAGGUAGUGAAUGAGACAGAGCCGGUUGAUGAAACAAUUUCGGAGCUUCCCGAAGAGUUGCUGAAAAAUAUAGAUCAAAAGGAUGAAGACAAUAUACAGAACUUAUCUUCAAAUCAUGUAAACUUUGAUAAAUGGGAUGUGUCAGACGAAGACCAAGAGGAACUGGUCCAUGUUAUGAAAGCUAAGAAAAGAAAGACAUUGAGAAACUUAAGAAAAGAUUCAGUAAAAAGAGGGAAAUUUAAGAUUCAAUUAUUAUCCAUGCAGGGUUCCAAAACAUUGCCACCAAAAAAAGAGGCAUCGAUCAUACAUUCAAGAGAUCGUUGGUUAAAUAGGAAAACUUUGAAUAAAAAGUAA